ACAGAGUAAGAGAAGGAGACUGACUGACUGACAGACAAACAGACAGACAGGUGAUCAGAAAGACAAACAGGCUGUUUACUUAAGGGUAACCCUAACCCUCUUUUGGAAUAAACAAAUAAACGACAGUAGCCGGAGGCAGUUACUAGGUGACCGGUGCUGCAUGAUGCCAGGAUGGCUCCUCUACUGCCCCCUGUUGGUGCUGAGGUCUUCAGACGCUUCACUUCAGCCUCACUAGAAGAAAUCCAACGUCGACAUGAAGCUGAAGAAAAGGAGCAUCAGAAAAGGAAGGAGAAGAACAUUGAGAUAGCAGAGGAAGAUAUUCCUAAACCAGCAAGUGACCUGGAGGCUGGCAAGCCCCUCCCAUUCAUCUAUGGAGAACCGCCUCCUGAGCUACUCAACACCCCGUUGGAGGAGCUAGAUCCCUUCUACCAAUCACAAAAGACUUUCAUCGUUCUCAGUAAAGGAAACAUCAUCUACAGGUUCAAUGCCGAGUCGUCCUGUUACAUGCUGAGUCCGUUCAGUCGUCUGAGAACCGGCGCCAUCAGGAUCCUGAUACACUUUUGUUUCAGUUUAUUCAUCAUGGUGACGAUUCUGACGAACUGUGUUUUCAUGACUAUGAGUGAUCCUCCGUCGUGGAGCAAGACUGUGGAAUACGUGUUUACUGGCAUUUACACGUUUGAAGCAACAAUCAAAAUUUUGUCCCGAGGAUUCUGUGUGGGAGAUUUCACCUUCCUUAGAGACCCCUGGAACUGGCUCGACUUCAUGGUCAUCAGCAUGGCGUAUCUGACAGAGUUUGUAGAUUUGGGAAAUGUUUCAGCCUUGAGGACGUUCAGAGUUCUUCGAGCCCUGAAGACCAUCACGGUCAUCCCUGGUCUGAAGACGAUUGUCGGAGCUCUCAUUCAGGCAGUGAAGAAGUUGGCGGACGUCAUGAUCCUGACGGUGUUCUGCCUCAGUGUAUUCGCUCUGAUUGGUCUGCAGCUCUUCAUGGGAAACCUGAGGCAAAAGUGUGUCCUGAUUCCACCGCUGCUUAGCAGCCACACAUCUGAUACUGAUCUCAAAUCCCAUUACCAUGACAACAUCACCCUUGGAAACCAAACCCAUGGCAAUGGAACAGGAAGCAGUAACUUUGAUUUCUAUGAGUACAUUAACAACCCAGAGAACCAUUACUACCUGUCUGGUCACCUGGAUCCUCUGCUGUGUGGAAACAGUUCUGAUGCUGGGGUCUGUCCAGAGGGUUUCUUCUGUCUGAAAGCAGGGAGGAAUCCAAACUACGGUUACACAAGCUAUGACUCUUUUGGUUGGGCGUUCCUGGCUCUGUUCAGACUGAUGACCCAGGACUUCUGGGAAAACCUCUUCCAGCUAACGUUGAGGGCAGCAGGUAAAACCUAUAUGAUUUUCUUCGUGGUCGUCAUUUUCCUGGGCUCGUUCUACCUCAUCAACCUGAUCCUGGCGGUGGUUGCCAUGGCGUACGCUGAGCAGAACAAGGCGUCCAUUGCCGAGGCCAAACAGAAGGAGGAGGAGUACGAGGAGAUCCUGGAGGCGCUGAAGAGGAGAGGCGAGGAGGCGGCCUGCAGGGCAGCGCUCUCUGACAAAACAAAUUCCAUACAGGGUGAUGAGGAAGAACAUACCGCCAUGGAAGAUAUGAGGCCGUGUCCUGCUUGUUGGUACACCUUCGCUGACGUCUUCCUGAAGUGGAAUUGCUGCAGUUGCUGGCAAUGGCUCAAAAAGCGUCUCUACACCUUCGUAAUGGACCCGUUUGUUGACCUCGGCAUCACCAUCUGCAUCGUCCUCAACACUGUCUUCAUGGCCAUGGAGCAUUAUCCAAUGACGGAUGAGUUUGAGGAGCUGUUGAGCAUCGGAAACCUGGUCUUCACAGGGAUCUUCACAGCGGAGAUGGUCCUCAAACUUCUGGCCAUGGACCCUUAUUACUACUUCCAGGUGGGCUGGAACAUCUUUGACAGCAUCAUUGUCACUAUGAGUCUGGUGGAGCUGGGAUUGGCCAAUGUUCAGGGUCUGUCGGUGCUGCGCUCAUUCCGAUUGAUGCGAGUCUUUAAGCUGGCCAAGUCGUGGCCGACCCUCAACAUGCUGAUCAAGAUCAUUGGGAACUCUGUCGGGGCUCUGGGGAACCUGACUCUGGUUCUGGCCAUCAUCGUCUUCAUCUUUGCUGUCGUUGGGAUGCAGCUGUUUGGGAAGAACUACAAAGACUGUGUCUGUCGAAUCGCAGAAGACUGCGAGCUUCCUCGCUGGCAUAUGAAUGACUUCUUUCAUGCUUUCCUCAUCAUCUUUAGGGUCUUGUGUGGAGAGUGGAUUGAGACCAUGUGGGAUUGCAUGGAGGUCGCAGGUCAGACCAUGUGUCUGAUUGUCUUCAUGAUGGUCAUGGUCAUCGGAAACCUGGUGGUCCUGAAUCUGUUCCUGGCCUUGUUGCUCAGCUCAUUCAGUGGGGAUAAUCUGGCGGCUCCAGAAGAUGAAGGUGAAAACAACUUGCAAAUUGCCAUAAAUCGGAUCAACAGGGCUGUAGCUUGGACCAAAUCCUGGAUUUUAGAGCACAUCUGGACCAUGUUGGGAAAGAAUAAACAUGCCAACCGAGACCACAUUGUGGUUGACAGUGACAACGACAAUAUGACAAAGGAGGUUGUACCAUUGACCUUUGUGACCUCAGACCAGCAACGCUCAGAGGUCAACAAUCUCAGCUGUAGCCAUGGCAACAUGACCAGCAGUUACCACAACAUCACCUUCCUGAGGGUGCCCAUAGCUGAGUCUGAGUCUGAGUCUGACUGCGACACACCUGACAGUGAAGAUGAGGAGGAUGACGAGGAGAAUAAAAAUCACUCUCAAUGUGACGAGUCGUCAGUUUGCAGCACUGUACAGAAACCCCCUGCAGUCCAUGAGGAUGAAGAUGAUGAAGAUCAUGAUUCAAACACACCUGAGGACUGUUGUACCGACAAGUGUUAUCAUCACUGUCCACUCCUAGACAUAGACAUGUCCCAGGUCAGAGGCAAGGUCUGGUCUAACUUCAGGAGAACAUGUUUCUGCAUCGUAGAACACAACUACUUUGAGACCUUCAUCAUCUUCAUGAUCCUGCUGAGCAGUGGAGCUCUGGCGUUCGAGGACAUCUACAUGGAGCAGCGUCGGGUCAUAAAGAUGCUUCUGGAGUUCGCAGACCAGGUUUUCACUUACGUAUUUGUGAUCGAGAUGAUUCUCAAGUGGAUCGCAUACGGAUUCAAGACCUACUUCACCAACGCCUGGUGCUGGCUGGACUUCCUCAUCGUAGAUGUGUCUCUGGUGUCUCUGACAGCCAACAUCCUGGGAUACUCUGACCUGGGAGCCAUUAAGUCUCUGAGGACUCUGAGGGCUCUGAGGCCGCUGAGGGCCCUGUCCCGCUUCGAAGGCAUGAGGGUAGUUGUGAACGCUCUGGUUGGAGCGAUCCCGUCUAUUUUCAACGUGCUUCUUGUCUGUUUGAUCUUCUGGCUCAUCUUCAGCAUCAUGGGGGUGAAUCUAUUUGCAGGGAAGUUUUAUUACUGUUUCAAUGAGACAUCAGGGCAGAUGUUUCACCCUGACGAGGUCAACAACAAGACAGAGUGUCUCGCUCUGAUCAACGAAAACUCUGACAUCCGCUGGAAGAACCUGAAGGUUAACUACGACAAUGUGGGAAUGGGCUACCUGUCUUUGCUGCAAGUGGCCACGUUUAAAGGCUGGAUGGACAUCAUGUACGCAGCAGUGGACUCCAGAGAGGUGGAGUCCCAGCCGAUGUACGAGGGUAACCUGUACAUGUACCUGUACUUUGUCUGUUUCAUUAUCUUUGGCUCCUUCUUCACCCUCAACCUCUUCAUCGGAGUCAUCAUCGACAACUUCAACCAGCAGAAAUCCAAGUUGGGAGGAACAGAUAUUUUCAUGACGGAGGAGCAGAAGAAAUAUUACAACGCCAUGAAGAAACUGGGUUCAAAGAAACCUCAAAAACCUGUUCCACGCCCUGGGAACAAGUUCCAGGGUCUGGUCUUUGACCUGGUUACCACGCAGUUUUUCGACAUCCUCAUCAUGGUGCUAAUCUGCCUCAACAUGGUGACCAUGAUGGUGGAGACGGAUGAGCAGAGCCAGGAGAAAGAACUCCUCCUGUACUGGGUCAACCUUGUCUUCAUCAUCAUCUUCACUUCCGAGUGCUCUCUGAAGAUCAUCGCACUCAGGCAGCACUACUUUGCUGUCGGCUGGAACAUUUUUGACUUUGUGGUCGUCAUCCUAUCCAUCGUAGGCCUCCUCCUCGCUGACAUCAUAGAGAAGUAUUUUGUUUCACCCACGCUCUUUCGUGUGAUUCGUUUGGCUCGAAUUGGUCGAGUCCUUCGUCUCAUCCGUGGAGCUAAGGGGAUCCGCACCCUGUUGUUUGCCCUGAUGAUGUCACUUCCUGCCCUCUUCAAUAUUGGCCUCCUCCUCUUCCUCAUUAUGUUCAUCUUCUCCAUCUUCGGGAUGUCAAACUUUGCCUACGUGAAGAAGGAAGCUAUGAUCGAUGACAUGUUUAACUUUGAGAACUUCGGUAACAGUAUGAUCUGUUUGUUUAUGAUCACCACGUCGGCUGGAUGGGACGGUCUGCUGAGUCCCAUCAUGAACACGGCACCGGACUGUGACCCAGACAUUGAGAACCCCGGAUCAAUGGUGCGAGGGAACUGUGGGAGCCCAGCGGUGGGCAUCAUCUUCUUCACCACUUACAUCAUCAUGUCCUUCUUGGUGGUGGUUAACAUGUACAUUGCCAUUAUCCUGGAGAACUUCAAUGUGGCCACAGAGGAGAGCGCUGACCCGCUGUGUGAGGACGACUUUGAGAUGUUUUAUGAAACCUGGGAGAAGUUUGACCCCAACGCCUCGCAGUUUAUUCAGUACAGUAAGCUGUCAGACUUCUGCGAUACUCUGCAGGAUCCUCUGAGGAUUCCUAAACCAAACACCAUCAAACUGAUCAACAUGGAUCUGCCUCUGGUUCCUGGAGACAAGAUUCACUGUCUGGAUAUUCUGCUCGCUCUCACUGCACAAGUGCUGGGUGAUUCAGGAGCAAUGGAUAAUCUCAAAUCCAGCAUGGAGGAGAAAUUCAUGGCCAACAACCCGUCCAAGGUGUCGUAUGAACCAAUCAGCAGCACCCUACGAAGGAAACAGGAAGAGGUCGCAGCGGUAGUGGUCCAGCAGGCGUACAGGAAACACCUCCUGCGACGGGCGGUCAAACUGGCGUCCUUCAAAUACCGGGAGAAGACAGGGGGACAUCGAGAGGAGGAUUCACUGCUGGAGAGAAAAGGACUCAUCUUUAAACGGAUCAGUCAGCUGUAUGGAAAUGGACAGGAGCCUGGUUCUGGUGAUUCAGGUGAGGACCCACGUCCUCCCGCCCGGGUGGAGCUUCACAGUGAGGUUCUCCUUCGCGCUGCUCCACCAGUCAUCGCCCCUGACUUAUUGCAAGAUGAGAACCUGAGGGAGUCUACCGUGUAAUGACGCCUUGUGUUUGAUGUUUGUCCUGUUUUGUCCUUUUCCUCUGCACAUGUGAACUCACCUGUUAGUGGAGCAGCGGACGAACCUCUUGUAGCUUCAGCCUCUGAAAAGACUCGACAGAGCAACUGAUCACAGAUGAUCCAGGUCAAAGUUCAUCAGGUCCGUCGAUGCACUUCAAUAUGUAUUUUAUUACGACUUCUGGAUUUUCACCUGAGCUGAAGGAGUGCAGAGACUUGGCUCACCCUGACAAUGUAUGUGAUAAUAAACUUGAUUGAACUACUUAUCCAGGUUAUAAAUAACUCGUUGUCAUUAGUAAUCUGUGGUUGUUGACUAGUUGAGACCAGGUGAUCAUUUUGUACAGUUCUGUGUUUUUAACCAGCAGGCUGCUGUGACCCGAGCCCCCAAGUCUUUUGACGAACUAACAAUCACAUGACAGCGUUCAGUGGUAAACAGUUCAAAUUAAAACAAUAAAUAAUUGAACUCUUUAUUCAAACAGCUGGACAUAAACAUGUGUGUCAUUAACAAAUGAACCAGGUUUUCUGCUUUGGUUUGUUGGACAAAGUUUGUUUCCCACCAGUUUUUUAAAUGAGCUGCUGUGACUGUCAAGUAGUCCAAUGAGAAGACACCAUGGCUGUGAUGUCAGCACAGAGGAGAACGCAAGAGAUUUUUAUUAUUAUUUCAGUCUGCAAAUUACAUAGAAAUUAAAAUGUAAACCAUCUGAAAAAACAAUUAUUAUUGCAACACAAUAAGUGAUGAAUGAUAAAUGAUUGAUUUAAUCUGUAGCCCAAUCUUUCUCUUUUUUUCUUUCUUAAUCUUUUCAAUUCUUCUUUCAUGUAUUUUUGCAUAAACUCUGGUGAAACUGUUUCUUUACUGAAUUCACUUCGACGUGACGUUUCUCAAACUUUAGCUUGUUGUUGUUAGGAAACCUUUUGCUUCGUGAGAUUGGUGAUUAAAGGUUCAAACUCUCCUGAAAAA